AUGGCGCCGUCUGCCGAGCUGUGGCUGUACCUGGACGCCGUCAUGGGACAGCAGAAAGGACCCGUGUCUGCUGCGGUGCUGAAGAAACUGCUGCGCAAGUCAAUCGUGCAGCCACAGCAGCUAGUGUGGACCCAGCGACUCUCGGAAUGGACUGCCGUCGCGAGUGUCGAGCCACUGGCAACCUAUUGUCAGGUCUGGAUGGAUACAUGGUACUAUAUGGCCGAAUGUGCGCCGAGUGAUGGCAAGGAAGCAGUACGAAAGGGUCCAGUGACGACACAACAGAUCGUGCAGCUCUUUGUGGAUGGAGCAGUGGACGGCAUGACGCUCAUUUGGAGUCAAAAACUGGAUAGCUGGAAACCCAUUGGCGAAGUGCCGUCAUUGAAGGAGUUCUUGCAAGAAGCGAACAGUGAUAUGGAUCGCGAGGCAGAGCUGCAAGAACAGGCCGAAAAGGUGCCGAUCGAGCAUCAAGUCUUCGAAAAUGGAUUGUCGGACGCACUUGUUGCUGAAGAUGGCAAGCAGUAUGUGUUUGAUGCUGAAUCGAAAACGUAUGUUACACCGGAAGACAAGAUUGAGGAAGAAUUGGCAUCCUUGCAAGAGAAGAUGGUGGACGCGAAUGCGGAGAAACAAAGAGCUAGUCGGUCGGAUGCAAAAGACGACGAGCAGACGGUGGACAAACGGAAGACUAGCCAAAGUGAGGGGCCAACCUUGACUACGGAAGCAGCACCUGUCGAUCCAACAACUGAACAUGUAGGGGCGGAUGCAGAUGUUGCCAAAAAGCGAAGGGCGAGAAAAAAGAAGAAGAGUGAUAAGUGGAAGAGGAGCAAAACGAAUACGUGGGUGUAUGUGAACGGUUUGCCACUGGACGUCACGGUGCAAGAGGUGCACGACCAUUUUGCAAAGUGCGGUGUCAUCCAGGCCGACGUUGUUACUGGUGACCCACGCAUUAAGCUUUACCACAAUAAAGAGAGUGGGGGAUUGAACGGUGAUGGAUCAGUGUGCUAUAUGAAAGAGGCAUCGGUGGAGCUAGCUGCGCAGCUACUCGAUAAAUCACAAAUACGACCCGAGUGGCCUAUUGAUGUAUCCCCGGCAGAGUUCAAACAGAAAGGGGAAGACUUUGUCAAGCGGAAGAAACCUAAAAUUGACACACGAGCGAAGAUCAAAAUGUUCGAAAAGGAAAAGGCGCUUUCGUGGAAUGAAGGCGAAGUCAGUGAGCCCGCUGGUCUACGCAUUGUUGUUAUCAAGCACAUGUUCACCCCGGCUGAAAUUGACGAUGAAGUGUACGAGAAGGAGUUGCAAGAAGACAUUCAUGGUGAAUGCUCCAAGAUUGGUGAAGUGUCGAAGAUCACACUCUUUGCGAAGCACGUAGACGGUGUAGUGGUAAUCAAGUUUGCUUCGAGCGGUAGUGCUGCUCGGUGUGUCGAAGUCAUGAACGGCCGAUUCUUUGCGGGACGGAAGCUUGAGUGUGGCUUCUGGGAUGGCACGAACUACACACAUCGUGAAAGCCAGAAAGACGAAAACAAACGUGCAGAAAAGUUCCAAGAGUGGCUGGAAGAAGGCUCUUCGUCCUCUGAAAGCGAAGCCGAUGACGAAGACAAACGACCGGGGCAAGAGGACAAGCUUACACAAGAAGAAGAAGUUUGCGCUGGUCGCACACUUCCUCCCCUCGCCGACGACAGUGACGACAGUGAUGUGGAAAACAACAACGACGCUGGCAAGAACGACGAUAGCGGUCUUGAUAUCGGGGAAUAG